AUGGGACAAGAAUCAGAUUCCAAAGCCAAGUUGGUCUUAGAGAUUUGUUCCAUUUCAACUCGUUCUGCAACAUGUGUUCAUACCAUUCUUUCAAACCCAAACAAAACAACUUUCAUUGACUGGUAUUGCAUUCUUGGAGUGGAAGAAAAUGCAGGGGUGAAUGCCAUUCGCAAGAGAUACCGUAAAUUGGCUUUGCAGCUUCACCCAGAUAAGAACAAACAUCCAAAAGCUGAAAUUGCCUUCAAGCUUGUUUCUGAGGCAAAUGCAUGUCUAACUAAUGCAGCAAAGAGAGAAGCUUUUGAUUUUGCAAGGUACAAGCAUUUCUGCAUUGAAUGCAAGAAAAUUCCAUAUACAACAGACAAUGUUUCUGGAAAUUCCAAUGGUUCAAGUUUCAAGGCAUGGAAUAUUAUCACAAGGUCAAGAUCUUUAAAGUUUUGGAGAAAUAUUAGGGAUAUUAGAGAGAGAUUUAAGGAGGAGGCUAAUGUGAUUGAGAAUUGUUUGAGAGUGAAUUCAAUGUCAAGGACAGAAUCUCCACUGUACAAUCCGGAUAGUCAUCUAGAUAGAAGCAAGUCACAGAAUAGAUUUGAUAAAGAUACCCCUAUUUUCAAUCCUUCAGAUUACUCAUACCAAGAUUAUCCUCAUAUGAGAGGCCAUGUUAACAAGAAUUCUUCCACAUUUUGGUAUUUACAGACAAAUAGUAUGCUUCACAAUGAAAAGAGAGGACCGCGGCUUAGCUCCCCUGUUUUUGAAGUCAAAAGUAGGAGUAUGUUUACAAACCAAUUUGCUUUUGUACCAACAAGAUAUUAG